AUGACGACCCGGAAAACAGUAGAUUCAAGACUUUUGGAAUGGCAAAACACAUGCAAGCAUCCGGUUAUAAACUUGACGCCAGAGAAAGUCGAUAAAUUAUAUCAAUUGAAAUUGAAAAGUGGAAACAAAAAUAUCAGGUCAAACAAGCUAUUGCCCAUUUCAUUAUCGAGUUUACAAAAAAAAAUGGAGAAACUCUUUAUCAAAGAUGAAAAUUAUUCACACACGUCCUCCAUCCUGGACCGUAAAGUGCCAAUUCUUCGCACUUAUAAAGAUGGUGGCUUUUUCAUUAACGGAAAAGGCUCAAUGAAGCUACCAGAUAUCGAAAGUGCUAUUCACAAAUUUUUAUGGAAGAGAUACGGGAAAGGAUUAGUUUACUGUUAUGGAUGUGAUCCGACUGGAAAGAAGAGGCAUACAGAGUGGUUUAACGUGCCUGUAUUAGAGCUACCGUCGGUAUUGAGGAUUAUUGAUUCUUAUUGUUUUGGAGGAGAAUCCUGUUACACUUGA